AUGCCGGAUUCAUACCUGCCAAAGGACUUUCUGUGGGGGUUUGCGACAGCAAGUUAUCAAAUCGAAGGUGCCCCCGCCGAGGACGGCCGCGGAGACUCGAUCUGGGAUGCCUUCUGCCGUAUUCCAGGGAAGAUUGCAGGUGGAGAGUCUGGUGAUGUGGCCUGCGACUCCUACCACCGCACCGACGAAGACAUUGCGUUGCUGAAGCAGCUCGGCGCUAAAUCCUACCGCUUCUCGCUCUCGUGGUCGCGUAUCAUCCCGCUCGGCGGACGUAAUGACCCUAUCAACCAGAAGGGCAUCGACCACUAUGUCCAGUUCGCCAAGGACUUGCGCGCUGCAGGCAUCGAGCCGAUGGUGACGCUCUUCCAUUGGGAUCUCCCUGAAGGCCUCGACAAGCGGUAUGGCGGCCUGCUGAACAAAGAGGAGUUUGUCAAGGAUUUCGAGAACUAUGCCAGGGUGUGUUUCAAGGCGUUCGGUUCGACGGUCAAGCUGUGGAUUACCUUCAACGAGCCAUGGUGCAGCUCGAUUCUGGGUUACGGCACCGGCCUGUUUGCGCCCGGACGCACCAGUGAUAGGAGCAAGAGCAAAGAGGGUGACAGCAGCAGGGAGCCCUGGAUCGUGGGCCACAACCUUGUCAUUGCCCACGGCGCCGCCGUCAAGGCGUAUCGCGACGACUUCAAGAAGCAGGAUGGUGGCCAAAUUGGGAUCACCCUGAAUGGUGAUUGGACCGAACCGUGGGAUCCAGAAGACCCAAAGGAUCGCGAGGCAUGCGACCGCAAGAUUGAGUUCGCGAUCUGUUGGUUCGGCGACCCAAUCUACUUUGGCAGAUACCCAGACUCGAUGCGCAAGCAGCUUGGCGACAGGCUGCCUGAGUUCACUGCAGAGGAAGCCGAGCUCGUCAAGGGCAGCAACGACUUCUACGGUAUGAACCACUACUGCGCGAACUACAUCAAGCACAAGGACACGGAACCCGAGCUAGACGACAAUGCGGGCAACCUCGAGAUCCUGAUGCAGAACAAAAAGGGAGAGUGGAUUGGCCCAGAGACACAAUCUGUGUGGCUGAGGCCCAUGCCCCUUGGAUUCAGGAAGCUGAUCAACUGGCUCAGCGACCGCUAUGGAGGCCCUACCUUUUACGUCACGGAGAACGGAACCAGUCUGAAGGGCGAGAACGAGCUCCCUCUGGAGGAGCUCCUGAACGACGAGUUCCGCGUCGAGUACUUCCGCGGUUACAUUGGCGCCCUUGCUGAUGCCCAUGCCCUGGACGGUGUCGACGUCCGUGGCUACUCGGCAUGGAGUCUCAUGGACAACUUUGAGUGGGCCGAAGGUUACACGACACGUUUCGGUGUAACGUAUGUGGACUACAAAGGCGGCCAGAAGCGUCAUCCCAAGAAGAGCGCGCGCGAAAUCUCAAAGAUCUUCGAUCGCUACGUCCAAAAGGAGUAG